CUGUAUCAUCAAUUGAAUUUCAUACAAACAUUAGUACAUUAUGUUCGUAAAGAUAAUGGUCAAAAUUAUUCAUAUAAUGAUUUUAGCCACCUUUCUGGCUGUGAUGGUCCAGUAUCGAUGAAAUUUUUUAUCGAUAAAUUAUUAUCGAUGGCCAUUAUUGAUGAUACAUUGUAUAUUUAUCAAAUGGAUCAUAUUAUCGGCAUUUAUCCGGGCAUAUCAUGGCGUUUUUCGCCACAAUUAUCCGGUAUCUAUCUAAUGGACGGUAUUUAUCAUGAUAAUCACCGUUAUUAUCCAACAAUAGUUGAUGAAUGGCCAUUGGAUCGAAUUGUUAAUGAAAUUUUUAAUCCAUUAUUUAAUGUUGAUUCAUUUGUGAAACUUGUUGAAGGUGAUUUGUCUGAAUUCAAUCAAAUAGUUCCUACAUUGUGGCCAAAAACAAUAACGAGAAUGCGCAAUGAUGUUAGAGUGACAAUUACACGAUCAGAUCGAUUGGAUAAUGAUCAACAACAACAACAAUUAUCAUCAUUAUCUAUGAAUCAAUCUGGUUGGUUAUAUUUAUCCAAAUAUUAUACCGAUGAUUAUAUGAUACAUUUUUGGCUACGUAAUAAACAGACCAAUACUGGUUUCAAACAUUAUAUGUAUUAUGAACAUGAACAUGAAGAAUCAAUCACUUUUGGUGAGCUACGUAGUCCUGAUGAUGAAAAAUUCAAUCUAAUCACAAUGAAUAUUGAUGGUGAAUUCUAUGCACUGGUUAUCGCAUUGAACCCGUAUGGCCAAAAAGGUGUCUAUAAAGUACGAACAUAUCGUGGAUCACCACGUCUGAACGAACCAUAUGGUGAAAUUUGUCAGAAAAACAAUCCGAAUUCAGAAAUUAUUUAUUUGAAAUUAAAUCUGGAUAAACAAUGUGAACAUUUGACAGCAAUGACAUUGUUUGAAAAUAUUGAAUUCGGUCUAACUAUUAACGAUGAUCAUAUUUAUUUUAUUUCCAUUGAUAAAGAAAUUUUGUUUCGUGUAAACAAAUCCAUUCUGGCCGCCGUCGAGAUGGCCGAAACGGCAUUUGUGAUUGAAAGAUUGGAAUUUUUACGAUUUUUCCUAUGCUUUUGGCCCACACGUUGGCCAUUGCCGGGACUAUCAUUACAAUCAAUCGAAAUGGUAAACGAUAGUUUUGUACCGAAAUUUUGGCUCCGUCAACAUUUUGCCAAGAUCGAUAAUAUCAUAGUCAUAUUGAUCAUAAUAAAAUUUAUGGCCAUCUCAUUAUAUAUGUUGUAUGUUUGCGGUGUACGAUUGCCUGAAGAACUGCUGUUGUCAACAUUAUCGACAAGAUCAUUUGAAUGGAUCACCACCACCGCACAUCAUUAACACUUUGUGUGUGUGUGUGUGUAUAUACUUGCUAAUGA